ACACAGUCUUGGGGAGUGGUCAAGCCCGAGGAGCAUCCGGGAAAGACGGAGGACCGCGCGCAUCAUGAUCCGAAACCUCACCGCAUGAAAGCGCUCACAUCCCCAUCUCCAGCUCUCAUCCACAGAAAGGCAUCAUGAUUCCCGUGAUGGAAUUCCGUCAGUUCUCUGAACAGCAGCCGGCGUUCAGAGUCCUGAAGCCGUGGUGGGAUGUGUUUACUGACUAUCUGUCUGUGAUCAUGCUCAUGAUUGGAGUGUUUGGAUGCACUCUUCAGGUCAUGCAAGAUAAAAUCAUCUGCCUUCCUCAGAGAAUAUCAUCACCUCCAGAGAACACAAGCGAAGUGGAUGUGAAGUCAUUGUUACUACUGCAAUCCAACAUUUCAGCCGUACCAAGAGAAAUGACAGGCCUAAAAACUGAUCUGGACCUCCAACAGUACAGCUUCAUCAACCAGAUGUGCUAUGAGAAGGCACUGCAUUGGUAUGCCAAAUACUUUCCUUAUUUAGUUCUGAUUCACACUUUGGUUUUCAUGGUGUGUAGCAACUUCUGGUUCAAAUUCCCUGGCUCGAGCUCUAAAAUAGAGCGUUUCAUCUCCAUGCUUGGCAAGUGCUUCGACUCUCCCUGGACCACACGAGCUUUGUCUGAGGUGUCUGGAGAGAAUCCCGAAGAAAACGACCAUAAAAAGAGCCCGACGACAAGGUCCAACAUUGCUGUGUCUCCUGGAGAAGGAAGUCUGGAGAAGACACAGUCCCUCAGGUCUAUUCCUGAGAAGGUUGUCGUUGAGAAGCCAUCAGCAAGUGUUCUUGAUAAAAAGGAGGGUGAACAAGCCAAAGCCCUUUUUGAAAAGGUAAAGAAGUUCCGUCUACACGUUGAAGAAGGAGACAUUCUCUAUCUAAUGUAUGUUCGGCAGACAGUAUUCAAAGUGAUUAAAUUCCUCCUGAUCAUUGCCUAUAACAGUUCUCUGGUGAAUAAAGUAAGAAACAGAGUUCGCUGUGAAGUCGAGAUCCAGGACAUGACAGGCUACAAAGACUUUGAAUGUAAUCACACCAUGGCUCACCUGUUUUCUAAGCUUUCUUACUGUUACUUGUGUUUAGUGGCUGUGUAUGGACUAACCAGCCUCUACACCUCUUACUGGCUGUUUUACCGCUCGCUGAAAGAAUACUCCUUUGAGUAUGUGCGGCAGGAAACAGGGAUUAAUGAUAUCCCAGACGUCAAGAAUGACUUUGCUUUCAUGCUCCACAUGAUUGAUCAGUACGACCCAUUGUAUUCAAAGCGAUUUGCGGUUUUUCUUUCCGAGGUCAGUGAGAACAAACUGAAACAGCUCAACCUGAAUCAUGACUGGACUGCAGAGAAGUUACGUCAGAGACUCCAGACGAACACCAACAACCGGCUUGAACUCCAGCUGUUCAUGCUCCCUGGGUUGCCUGACACCGUCUUUGAGUUGACAGAGCUUCAGUCACUGAAGCUAGAGAUCAUCAACAAUAUCACCAUCCCCGCCUCAGUCUCUCAGCUGAAAGACCUCCAGGAGCUGUCUCUGUACCAGUGCUCUUUAAAGCUGCACACAUCGGCUACCUCCUUCCUCAAAGAGAACCUGAAAGUGCUGCGUGUGAAGUUCGAUGACAACAGGGAACUGCCGAACUGGAUGUAUGGCAUGCGCAACUUAGAGGAGCUUUAUCUCACUGGAUCGCUAAGCCCUGAUGCCUCCAAGAAUAUAGUUCUGGAGUCACUGCGGGAGUUGAAGUGUUUGAAAACUCUCUCCGUUAAAAGCAAUUUGACCAAGAUACCCCAGUCCAUUGUGGAUGUUUCCAGCCAUCUGCAGCGGCUGUACUUACACAACGAUGGCACUAAGUUAGUAAUGCUCAACAACCUGAAAAAGAUGUCCUAUCUGAUUGAGCUGGAGCUGGUGCGUUGUGAUCUGGAGCGCAUCCCACACGCAAUCUUCAGCCUCACAAAUCUGCAAGAGAUUGACCUGAAAGAAAACCACCUACGCUCAAUAGAGGAGAUCAUCAGCUUCCAACAUCUGCGGAAACUGACCUGCCUCAAACUUUGGUACAAUUGUAUCACGUACAUCCCAGAGCAUAUCAAGAAGCUGGGGAGCCUAGAGCGUCUCUACUUCAGCCACAACAAGAUUGAGAUAUUGCCUUCACACUUGUUCUUGUGCAACAAGCUGCGCUACCUGGACCUGUCCAACAACGACAUCCAAUUCAUUCCCCCAGAAAUCGGAGUCCUUCAGAGUCUCCAGUAUUUCUCUGUCACCUGUAACAAGCUAGAGAAUCUACCAGAUGAGCUCUUCUUUUGCAAAAAGCUGAAAACACUUAAGCUUGGUAAAAACUCACUGUCCAUACUCUCACCUAAAAUUUCCUACCUAGCUCUACUGACAUACUUGGAUCUCAAAGGCAACCACUUUGAGGUUCUGCCACAAGAGCUGGGUUGCUGUCGUGCUUUGAAACAUAGUGGCCUUGUAGUGGAAGAGACACUGUUUGAAACUCUGCCUUCUGAUGUCAGGGACCAAAUGACGGCUGAAAGCGGAGUGGGGGGUAGACUGAUAAGCUGUUUAUAUCCCGGCCAGCAGGCCCACGUUUUGACUGGAGCGAAGAAUGGACGCCUUCAUCCCCGCAUUGAAACAUGGCUUUUAAAAGGAGGUGUUACUCGGUACUGCUGGAAUCGACAUAACUGGACCAGGACUCCUAAAGGAAUGUUCACCCUCACAGAAGUAGCCUCCCUGAACGACAUCCAGCCAACUUAUCGGAUACUGAAACCAUGGUGGGACGUCUUCAUGGAUUAUCUUGGCAUUGUCAUGUUGAUGUUGGCCAUAUUUUCUGGAACCAUGCAGUUAACCCGGGACCAAGUGGUUUGUCUUCCCAUUCUGGAGCCGACCACAGAGGAUGCUGGGGGAUUUCUAGCUUCCCAACCACCAGAGACAGUUGAUAGUUUAUGGAACAAAGAGAGCGCCAUUGGAGAGCAAGCUGCUCCUUUAAUGGCUAAAAAGCCUCCUGAUAUCAUCACUCCUACAGUUCCAUUCAAAUCGCCGGAGACUUUUGGCCAGCCUCAGCCUACAGGUGUCAGGACCAAACUUGAUUUUCAGCAGUAUGUGUUUGUCAACCAGAUGUGCUACCAUGUUGCCCUGCCUUGGUAUUCCAAGUAUUUCCCAUACCUCGCUCUGAUCCACACAAUUGUUCUUAUGGUCAGCAGCAACUUCUGGUUCAAGUACCCAAAGACAAGUUCCAAAAUAGAACACUUUGUUUCCAUACUUGGAAAGUGUUUUGAAUCCCCUUGGACUACCAAAGCACUGUCUGAGACUGCAUGUGAGGACUCAGAGGAGAACAAACAAAGAAUUGCCGGUGCCUCGUCCCUCCUGAAGCAUCUGUCCACGAGCAGCGAGGAGGGGAGUCCAAACCAGUCCGCCCCAAUGCUGAACAAAUCCGGGGUUACAUUUUCUGCUGAAAAGCUAGUUAGUGAAAUUCCAUCAAUGACCAUCUUGGACAAGAAAGACGGCGAGCAAGCAAAAGCCCUCUUCGAAAAAGUCCGGAAAUUCCGCGCCCAUGUGGAAGACAGUGACUUGAUUUACAGGCUGUAUGCCAUUCAGACAGUCAUCAAAACGGUCAAAUUUAUUCUGAUCCUCUGCUACACAAUGACAUUUGUUGCCUCCAUAGAUUUCGACCAUGUGUGUGAGCCUGAAAUAAAGCAUUUGACAGGAUACAAAAAGUUCCAGUGUACGCACAACAUGGCGUUCAUGUUGAAGAAGCUCCUUGUUAGUUAUAUAGCUCUCAUAUGUGCUUAUGGUAUAAUCUGCAUAUACACACUGUUCUGGCUUUUUAGGCGACCACUCAAAGAGUACUCCUUUGAAAAAGUCAGGGAGGAGAGCAGCUUUAGCGACAUUCCAGAUGUCAAAAAUGACUUUGCGUUCCUCCUCCACAUGGUCGACCAGUACGACCAGCUCUAUUCAAAGCGUUUUGGUGUUUUUCUCUCCGAGGUGAGUGAGAACAAACUGCGGGAGAUCAGCCUGAACCAUGAGUGGACCUUCGAGAAGUUGAGGCAGCAUGUUAUACGCAAUUCUCAAGACAAGUUGGAACUCCAUCUGUUCAUGCUCUCAGGAGUGCCAGAUGCUGUGUUUGAUCUCACAGAUUUGGAAAUCCUCAAACUAGAAUUAAUCCCAGAGGCCAGGAUAACAGCAAAGAUCUCACAAAUGGUAAACCUUCAGGAGCUGCACUUCUAUCACUGUCCUGCCAAAGUUGAACAGACGGCAUUUAUCUUUCUUCGUGAUCACCUCCGGUGCCUUCAUGUCAAAUUCACAGAUGUUGGGGAGAUUCCUAGCUGGGUGUACAUGUUGAAAAGUUUAAGGGAGCUGUACUUGGUUGGUAACCUGAACUCUGAAAACAACAAAAUGAUUGGACUCGAGUCUCUACGAGAUCUCAGGCACUUAAAGAUACUGCAUCUCAAAAGCAACCUCACAAAGAUCCCGACAAACAUAACAGAUCUGUCCCCGCAUCUGAUUAAGUUGGUUAUUCAUAAUGAUGGUACAAAACUCUUAGUGCUUAAUAGUCUAAAGAAAAUCCUGAAUCUUGCUGAACUGGAGCUUCUGAACUGUGAGCUGGAGCGUAUCCCCCAUGCUAUCUUCAGUUUGACUAACCUCCAAGAACUGGACCUAAAAUCCAACAACAUUCGCACCAUUGAGGAAAUCAUCAGCUUUCAGCACCUCAAGAGACUGACGUGCCUCAAACUUUGGCACAACAAGAUCAUCACGAUUCCAUUGUCCAUUAGCUAUGUCAAAAACCUUGAGUCGCUCUAUCUCUCACACAACAAACUCGAGUCACUACCCUUCUUAUUCACUCUUCUCAAGCUGAGGUACCUCGAUGUCAGUCACAACUCUAUCUCUGUAAUACCAUUGGAGGUUGGCUUUCUUCAGAACCUCCAGCAUUUUGCCAUUAACGCCAACAAAGUCGAGGUAGUUCCCAAGCAACUGUUCAAGUGCACCAAACUAAGGACCUUAUGUCUCAGCCACAACUGCAUCUCCUCCCUUCCAGAGAAAAUUGGCCAACUCUCCCAGUUGACACACCUGGAACUGAAGGGAAACUGUCUUGAUCGUCUUCCCGCUCAGCUUGGUCAGUGUGGUCUCUUGCGCAGGAGCUGCCUCAUUGUGGAAGAUCACCUCUUUGACUCGCUCCCCAUGGAGAUCAAAGAGAGCAUCAAUCAGGAAGCUAGCGUUUCUUUUCCAAAUGGAUGUAAAUGUCUAAGUGAUGGACGGUAGUCGCAUUCCAAAUGGCAUGAAAUGUCGAGCAUCACCUUGGGUUCAAAGACGUUUUUAUUUCUUUUUUCUUUAAUCAUGUCAUUGUCACUAUUAUACUUCAUGAUGUGUUAGCAACUUAGCAAGAGUUGGUAACAUUGGAGAAAUUUUAGAUAAACUCCAGAACGAUCAUGGGUUUUGUAACGCCAGUAUACAUAUUCAGAAUAAAUUAAAGGAAAAAACGUGAAUGCUUGAACCCCACUGUGAGGCAAUGUACUAGAAAUGUCCCUCUAUAGUGGGCAUUGUUGCUCGUAUGAUUUGGGUCUACUUGAAAGACUAACUUCAAAUCUGAUUGAAGUUAGUCCGGGAGUGGUUUGAUUCGUAUUAUUAUGAAGUUAAUGUCCUUUACAGUCACCAGAUUUCAGCCUAGUUGAACACAAAUGAGAGAUAUCUAACUGAAGUGUUAAACAGCGACUUCCACACCCUCAUUAAAACGUUAGGGAAUGUUUUUUGGAGUUGUGUUAAAUCCAUCCAAUAGAGUUCAGCGACAUAUAGUAAUGGAAAGGGGCAUUCUCCAUAUUCAGAUAAUGGUAAUUUUCCUCUGUUGCCCUCUCAGGGCGGGAAGCUUAAAUGCUGUAACAUUAUUGUACUGCUGUGACCUGACAAUUGUUAUCAGCUAAUCACUUUUCUAUUAAAUACCAACUGAACUAAAAUUCAUAGUGAAAAUUGAGAGGGCCAUUGGCCCAUUUUUCAUGUUAAAACAACAUAUUCGAUGACCUUAGCUUCUGUAACACAACAGACAAUGUUAGCAUUCUACCAUAAUCUACCAAACCUUACAUUAGCAAGCAACUCUUUCUAUUAUACUCUUUUAGGACCCUUGUCCACCUAGCGUUUGUUUUUGGUCAGAAAAGGGCUGCACGUCUGUCCUCUCUCUAUGACAGUCAGACAAGACACGAUCUGUAGGCGGCAAAAAUACAGGGAAUGUCAGACAUAAAAGAGCAUCAGUGACGCCAACAGUGCCUUUCUGGAAAGUCGAAAGAGUUUCAACUUGGAGCACUGGGAGCGGCUGAACAAAAAAGUUGGAGUGCUCAGAAAGAUGCUGGGCACUGUGCUUUUUCUCUGGGUGGCCACUUUCUGCUGUGAAAGCUCUCUACUCAUUGAAAACAAUUGAAAAAAAGAAAACGCUAGGUGGACUUGAGUCUAACCUUACGUUAAACAGUUAUAUUAGCCUUUAGCCAAUUAUUUGAUAGGAAGUGUUAUAAUGUCAUAGUGCUAGCUACUAUAAGCAUGACAUUAUAACAGCAUUUAAGCUAACCACCCUCAGCAUGAUGGCAGAGGGAAAAGGUCCACCGUGUUUCUAGACAUUUUAAGGGUUUCUUCCAGCAUGUGGUGGAACAUCACAUCAUUAAGACACUGUUGAUUUUCACAUUCCUCACAGUCGCUUUUUUACAUUUGUUUUUCUUAAUGUAGAUGCACAGUUGCAGUAAGCUCUCUCAUAUAUUUGACCUUUUGUAUGCACGGACAUCUAUAGCAGAACUACAAACAUUUGUAUACCUUUUAAAUUAUAACCCGUUUUUAUAAUUAUUUUGGGGAUUUUGAUGCCUUUAUUGUAGAGAUAGGACAGUGGAUAGAUUUGGAAAUCAGGGACGGAGAGAGUCAGGAAUGACAUGCGGGAAAGGAGCCAAAGGUGGGAUUCAAACCUGGGCUGCCUGCUUGGAGGACUCCAGGCUCCGUGCAUGCGCACACUAGCGGGACCCCCACUAUAACCCUUUUUAAACCUUAGAUUUAUUUGAUUCCCUCCAGAUUAGAUCUAGAUGCACUUGAGUGAGUUUUUUUUCAAGGGAAGGUUCACUCAAUGACUGAUAUCAGCUUUGGUGUCUAUGCUAAUAGGUUUUUAUAUGCCUACGAUUUGGAGUCUAAAUACAAGAAUGCAAACAUUACAACAAAGUCUGCAGUGCUCCUGGUAGUGAAUUACAGUAUUUUUAAAAAACAAGACACUCCUCUCCAGAAAGAGCGUCUCUGUGACCUUUACAUUUUUUACGCCUACAUUUGAUCAGCAAAAAAAAUAUUUGUGAAUUCUGUUUACAUUAAGUGUGUUGACUAUCCGGAGUGACAAGACUUUGCUUGUCCAAAUAGAUUAUUUUUAAAUAAACUUUCAGUGCUGUAAGCACCAUUAAUAAUACUGAGAGGAAAAACGUAUUAAAUCCCCAAGGAGAAAUUACAUUUGUAGACACAUGUAGGCCAGUAAUACACACACAUGCACAGUCAGGAUCCUGUGGUCAUGAACUAAUGUAGAGGGAGGGGCUGCCAUCCAGAGUGCCAGAGUAGUUGGGGAUUUGUUGUGCUGCUCAAGAACCUCUGCAGGGCUCGCUUAGUGAACUGGCCCCUCUUUAGCAACCAAACCAAUUUCCAUAAUCUAGUCUGGAUUGGGACUUGAACCGGCUAUUCUCUGGUUCCCAACCUAUAUCCUACAGACUGAGCUACUGCCCCCCCCCCCCAAUUUAUGACAGUAAAUUGAAAAUAAGACUUAAAAAAAGAUGAAUACUGUAACUCCUGCUUCCAAGACCAGGAAAGUUUAAUUUGGACUCUUACCACUCUUAGUCAAAAACACUUCAUUAACAAAAACAACAACUGCGUACGUAUGACCUUGUAUCCUCAUUAACCUUAUGCAUUCCACUUUCAAUGUUCUUGUAAAACAUUUUCAUGUACACAUCAGAAGAGAUAAAGGUUCCUAUCUGACCAUUCUAGUCUACUUUUUUUGAAAAAUCUGACCCAUGCAUUUAUUUUUUAUACAUUUUCCCCCCCUUAAAGGAGCAGGCAGCAGUUAGUUCUUUAUCCUGCUGACAGCUAACACACAUCGAUGUGUUUCUUUUUUUUGAAAACCUUUUCCCAUCAUCUUUUUAUUGUUGUAAACGGUAUAGUUAUUAUGUAAUUAGUGUGUUCAUUCUUUGUAUUUAUUACCUCAUUAUCUGUUCUGCUCACUGCACAGCACUUUAUAAACCUGAUUUAUAAACGUGCUCUAUGAAUAAAGGAACUCUCACUGUUACAUUGUUAUGACUGUUUUUCAAAGAUAGAAAUGAAGCUGUAUUCUCACUUCAAAGCUGGUUUUGCACCAAAAACACAAUACAUUUCCUUUUUUCUGUGUAACUCUACAGCUGAUUACAAAUAUUCCUGGCUGCAUAUCAUCAAAUGAGAAGAUUCACUGAACACUAGAAGGACGAGUGACAGAUGAUGAAUCUGAUGAAGCCGUGCGGGCGACACUCUUUAUUGGUUUGAGAAUAUAAUUAAAUCAAAAGAAGUAAUUCAGUCUUCAUGUGUGCGGUGAAUCUUCUCAUUUUCUGUCUUAUUUUAAAGCCUUUGACUUUAGAUUUAUGUGAAUGAUUUCAUGCUAAAUGUUUCUACAAAAUGCACUUUAUUCAUAGCAGGAUAUUUUUAUUUAAUGGACAAUAAUUAAAAAUUAACAACAUAGUUAUAGCCUGAUGUAAUACUUGUUUACACUUUAUGACACAACAUCUACAACAUAAAAUAAUUAUGUUUUUACAGAAGUUGACAAUCGUUAAGUUAAUGUUUAAGAUUGGAAUUUGAAAUCACCUAAAUGAGCGAACAUUUCACAUUUUUUCUUUGCUCCAUUUUUGUUGUUACAUUUACAACAUGUGCUAAACACAGACUGAAUUGUGUUCUGUUGUGUAUUCUCUUAUCGUAGCCUGUCCUAUAACGAAGCUUCAUUUCAUGGACUGAUGUUAAUCAAAGCUCGGGCUGAUAAAUAAAGUUUUA